GGCUUCUCUUAUUUAUACUUUACCAAUUGGAGAAUUCUUUCUCUUCUUCUCCUCAUCUCUCUUCCAUCUUCCAUCAUCCAUCAUCAAUCUCACCCUUCGUCAAGAAAAAGAAAAAAAAGAGAGAAACAUCCCACCUACACGAUAAGGAAAAAAAAAAGCUCGCCACAAUGGCCCCCUCCGAAGACGGCGUCAUCCCCUCACACAAGCGAUCCCAAGACGUAGCGAGCAUUUCUGGCUCGUCUUCCAGCAGCGACGACUCGGCCCGUCGCAGAAAGCGUCGCGAGCGCAAGGAGCGCAAGAGGAAGAAUGGCGAGACUGCUGCUGUAGCUGCUGUCAACGGCGCAAAGCCCAAUGCCUUUUCGCAGCGUCGCAACAGCUUGGCUAAAGCUUCCCGAGACCCCCGCGAUGAGCCCAUCCCCAAGAAGCGCCGCGCCUCUGCUGUUCCCGAGGAGGGAACCGCUGUUGUCAAGGCCAGCAGAUCGCCCAGUCCUGUGAUUGACUUUGACGGUCUCAGCAGACCCAGCCGUGGAACACGAGAGCGUCGGGAGGAGACGGAGGAGCAGCAGGUCGAGCGACUGGAUCGCAUGCGAGGUGCUGUGCGCACUCUGCUCGAAUGCGUCGGCGAGGAUCCCGACCGAGAGGGUCUUCUCGAUACACCUUCGCGCUACGCAAAGGCGCUUCUGUUCCUGACCAAGGGAUACCAGGUCAAUGUCGAAGACAUUGUUAACAACGCUCUGUUCAGAGAAGGACACAGCGAGAUGGUCAUUGUCAAGGACAUUGAAGUCUUUUCUCUCUGCGAACACCAUCUCGUACCAUUCACAGGCAAGAUGCACAUCGGCUACAUCCCCAACGAGACCGUUAUCGGCCUUUCCAAGCUCCCCCGAAUCGCCGAGAUGUUUGCCCGCCGUCUUCAGAUCCAGGAGCGCCUGACCAAGGAAGUCGCCCACGCCAUCAUGGAGAUCCUCAAGCCCCAGGGUGUCGCCGUGGUCAUGGAGUCGAGCCACCUGUGCAUGGUGAUGCGCGGCGUCGAAAAGACCACCACCAGCACCAUCACCAGCUGCGUUCUCGGCUGCUUCGAGCGCAAGUCCAAGACGCGCAACGAGUUCCUCAACCUCAUCGGUAUUAACAAGAGAUAAGAGGAGGGGGGACACUACACACAGUCCAAAGCAAUUCUUCAACAUGCUCACGAUGGAAAAUAACUAUAAACCUAUGAAGCAACGCAACAUUCACCAUGUAUAGGAAGGGUACUUGUCUAUCAGUCUAGUCUGUCAUUUACCCAGGGUACCAUCACCUUUUGAUUAUCUGCAUUUUUCGGCGUUUACGGUCAGGUUUGGGGUGUUUUCUCCUUUGCGGGACGGUUUGGGGCACAGAGAGAAAGAGACCGUGUCUUCAACAUAUCCAGGUCUAGGUUGUCAUCAAAUAUUGGAAAACAGGCGGGUAGAAGCGUUCAUUAGGUAGCCAUUGUCCCAUUUAGAUACGUCCGGGCUCAACGCCCUGGAGAGAAAAAAAAAACAUCACGUUUCUUAGAAUGUUUGCAAGUGAUUGUCAUUAUUCACAUUAACUAACUUAAGGCUCAGUCGCAAUGUAUACAAAGUCAAAUGAAUCGACGACAGACCGACUCGAAUCCUCAGAUGACACUCCGCCGCCAGACGCCCCGUCUUAAACAUCUGAUGCAUACGACGUAUUUAGUAUAGAAACGAAUUUUGGCUCACAAACACCUAAUUGCACUGGCCUCCCGUGACGCCGUUCCUUCUGGUAUUUUUUUAGCCGAAUAAGAACGCCCUGCACCAAUAUUACCCUCAAAGAAGCUCACUCUCCAUCAAGCAAAGCAUCCAUGCCGUUCCUCUCCUUCUCCAAUGAUGCUGUAGUCAUUCUGACGUCUCCGUUGUCAUUUCUUUUGUCGUCUUCUUCAUCUUGAUUUGUCAUCUCCUUGAACAUCUGAUCCACGUUGCCUUCAUCUUGCCUCAUCAUGUCCUCAUCUAUCGGAUUAGACAAGCGUCUGCCGGCGUCACUUAUGGAACCGCGCCCACGACUCCACACAUUGGGGCCCCAAAGUCUCUCGGCUUGCUUUCGGCCCAGCUCGGUUCUUGAAAGGAUUUCCAAGGCCUUGCUCCUUUCAGAAUCCGUUUGGAUGCUGAUACCUUCCUCUUGGCCUUGGAGAAGUCUUUCCUCCAAAGACAUUGAGGAGACGUCAGCAACCAGCUGUGGUCCGCCGACUCCCAGUGGUCCAAGAUGUAACCCGUUGUCAAGGUUAAUGGAGUUGUCCCUGGUGCGGCCCGAGGAGUGAGACUCUCGGCGUUCAGCAUGUCCAGAGCUGGAAGGGCUUCCAACUUCACCAGGUCGCGAGUAAUAUGGUGCCCCACCGUACCCUCCAGCUCCUGUCGGCGGUGGUGGAAAGGAGCCUGGUUGGGAAUUUGCUGCUGCUGCCGCCGCUGC